AUGGCGCCUGAUCGCACGGGAAAGAGUGUGUUCUUGGGGAACAUCCCCUACAAUCUCACGGAGGAGCAAGUCAAAGACAUUCUCAGCACGGCUGGCACCGUCACCAAGUUCCGUCUGAUGAUGAACCCCGAGACCGGCAAACCCAAGGGCUAUGGAUUUGCUGAUUUCGCCGAUGCCGAUGCGGCGGCUUCAGCUGUUCGCAACCUCAACGACUACGAAAUAAUGGGCCGCAAAAUCCGCGUCGAUUGGCCUCACAACAACGAGAAGGAUUCUGUGCCCACAGACUACCCUGAAGAUUCGCAAUCGAUGGCUCAAGAUCCGACGCCCCAGCUUCAGCAGAUCCCCGGGUCCGCGCCAUUGCCUCCUCUUCCUCCGGGCGUUGACGUGCCCCCUCACCUCGACUGCCCGAACGCCAUCUCUCACACUCUCGCCUCUCUCCCACCCAAUCAGCUCCUCGAUGUCCUCACACAGAUGAAGGCUCUCGCCGUGGCCGACCCCGCACGCGCAACUGAACUCCUACGUCAAGCUCCACAGCUCGCAUACGCGAUCUUCCAAGCGCUUCUGCUCAUGAACCUUGUGGAGUACCAGCUGCUCGGCUCCAUCGUCGAGCAAGCGGCUCAGCCAGCUCCCGUUCAGCAAACCGCACAACAAUUCCAGCAGCCAUACGGUGUGCCUGGUCAGAUCGGUACCCCGCCUGUCGCAGGAACGCCAUUUGCCCCUCCCCCUCCUCAGGCAGCCGCACCUCCAGGCGUGCCCAACCAAGACGAGCUUUUGCAGCAAGUUCUGAAUAUGCCCCAAUCAGCCAUUGAUGCUUUGCCUCCGAUGGAGCGCAGUCAGAUCAUGUUGCUUCGUCAGCAGCUUAUGCAGGGUGGCAUGCGGUAG